AAAUGUGGCAGGUGUACGCACGCUUCUUCACGAUGAUGUGGAGCAAAGAGCGCCUGCUGUCGCGGCCCAUGAUAGAGUUGAUCAUCACCAUGAUCGUCUCCACAGCACCCCUGCAAUGUGCGACGCCAGACACAGGCACAUGAGGGAAACGGGCUCGCAUGCGCACCAAUCAUCGGAUGGCGAUGGCAACAAGUGGUGUUACGUUGACGCCACGUGCCCCUCAGCCACCGUGGACAGCGACUUCCCAGCCCUGCACCGCGCGCCCUGUGGCCUGUUCCCAGACUGUACGGACUUCUACCUCACCCGCAUCUGUGCCGUGGAGCAACCCGCGUGCGAGCACGGGUUCACACGCAUCAACAACCGCUGCUACAAGGUGGCGACCACGGCAUCGACUGCCGGCAAUUCUCCGAUCACCACAUCCUUUGCAGGCGCUGUGGACGCGUGCAGCGUGGACAAUGCGACCGUUGUUAGCCUGCACUCUCUGCCCGAGACGGAGAACGUGGUGCAGCUGCUGCGAGACGCCGGCGUGACCAGCGCCUGGAUCGGCCUGCGCACCACAGAAAAUGGGGAUGUGGCGGGCGGUGUUGACUACAUGUGGGUGGAUGGCACCCCGUUUGGUGACGUGAACAGCUUGGGUACGUUUGCCAACUGGGCAGAUGGCCAGCCCACCGCGCAGGGUGGCAAGGACGGCUGUGCGUAUCUCGACCUGACCAAGGACGCUGCAACAGCAAGCAACAGCACGGGUGAUGACAAGCGUGCUGCUGGCCUUUGGUAUGAUGACGGGGUGUGCACCGCCCAGCGCGCAGUCGUCUGCAAGAAGCUGUCACCGAUUGUCACGCCAUCGUGCGCCUGCACGGGGCAGACCAACAGCGACGGUGAUGGUGGCGCAUGUGGCACCUGGUGCUAUGUGUCACAGUACUGCCCACGCGCCGUUGAGGACCAGGACAACGAAGGCCUCUUCUGGGCGAUUUGCCCGCGGCACUUCCAGACAUCAACGACUUCAACCAUGCCUGCAAGCAGCACGGCGCCACCCGAGUCCACGACAGGCGGCACCACCACAACAGCGGCACCAACGUGCCAUGAGAUGGACCCUUCCACGUACACGCGGGACGAUGGCACAUGUGCGCAGUGCACGACCACGGACGACUGUGACACCAACCAGGUCCUGCUUGGCGAGUGUGGCAUGUUCACCACGCCCGUGUGCGUUGCCUGUGACAGCACGUGUGCCGCGUGCUCUGCCCUGGGUGCAGACAAGUGCACAAGCUGUGCUGAUGGGUACGUGUGGUCGCUGGAUGGCAAGCGCUGCGUGUCUUCGUGCCCGCUCGGGCAGUUUGCAGACACCUCAGCAGGGCAGUGCAAAAUGUGCCACGACACCUGCGCGACGUGCGAUGGAACAGCAGAUAACGCGUGCCUCUCCUGUGCGCCGGCAUCGAACCUCUUCCUGCAGCCCAACGACAACAGCGGCGGCGGUGGUGGUGACAUGUCCCGGGCGCGUGGUGUGUGUGUCGCCGAGUGCAACCGUGGGUUCUUUGCGAACCAAGAGUCGCAGCGGUGCGUGGCAUGCGCGUCGUGCAACAAGGACACUGAUGGCAACGCGUUGUACGAGGUGACACCAUGCACGGCGACGGCUGAUGCUGUAUGUGCUCGCGUCACGGCGUGUGCAGAGGACGAGUAUGAAACGGCAGCGCCCACGCCAACAAGCAACCGCGUGUGUCGGAUGCUCACGCCGUGCAAGGCUGGUGAAUAUGAGCUGAAGGCUCCAACAACAACCACAGAUCGAAAAUGCACGCAGUGUGCAGCCGGCACGACAGACCUUGAUCCAAACAGCAUCAACGCGUGCACGACCUGUGAUGCUGGCACGUACACGCCGCCUGGCCACGUUGGCCCCUGUCCCAAGUGCCCUGCCGGCACUGCGGACGAUGACAGCGACCCUUCCACACCGUGUGCGGCGUGCAUGCUCGGCCAAACCUAUGCAGCAGCAGAGGGCAGCCUGUCGUGCUCUCGCGUGGACAUGUGCGCACCGGGCGAGGAGGAGGCGCUUCGCCCCACCACCACCCGCAACCGCGUGUGCGUCGCAUGCACGAUGGGGACGUUCAACGCCAUUGGUGGCAACGGCACGCGCUGUGUCCCGUGGACCACAUGUGGUGCGGGCAUGCAACCGAGCAACGACGCCCCACCAAGCGCCUCACAGGACCGCACGGUGUGCGAUGACAUUCACGACUGCCCGUCUGGGUCCUACCAAGUCCACCCGCCCACGCCUGUGUCCGACAGAGUGUGCGCUGGCCUGACCACUUGCGGGGAAUAUGAGGUCGUGGCGAUGGAGCCCACGCCGACAUCAGACCGAGUGUGCGAGUCGUGCGAUGGCACGAGCGAGUACUUCAAGGAAGGCGAGUGCGUUGCGGUGACCGAGUGCCCGCCUGGUAUGAUCACGCUCGCUGAUCCAACACCCUCGACGGACCGCACGUGCACGCGCUGCCCCAACAAGCACUUCAAGGCCACAGCAGGGCAGGAGGAGUGCCAGCCGUGGACGGACUGUGUUGUUGGCGAGGUGGUGACAACCGCGCCAACAGCAACCUCCGACCGCGUGUGCCAGCUGUGUGACCCCACAUACAAUCAGUAUUCCAGCAACCCGACCGCCACGCAGUGCGAAAACGCAACGGUGUGCGAGCCUGGCACAUAUGUCGACGUCCCUCUCACAUCGACACGCGACCGCAAGUGUAAGCCGUGUCCGUCUGGCACCUUCAGCAACGAGGCCAACAUGGCAUCGUGCACACCCGUGCAGCCGUGUUCCGUUGGCUCUGGACUUGUGACGGCAGCCACACCCUCCACUGAUCGCGUCUGUGCACCGUGCUCGCCACCGCACACGUUCUCCUCCACGCCAACACUGGAAGCGUGCGCGCCCGUGAGUGACUGUGCGCCCGGCUAUGAAGAGGACACACCACCCACGCUCACCACCGACCGAACAUGCACCCCAUGCGAGGCCACGGUGACGUUCAAGGCGGAGAGCGGACAGGCAGCGUGCCAGAGCGUGAGUGCGUGCCCUGCUGGCCAGGAGGAGGACAUUCCGCCAACAACAUCCAGCGAUCGUGUGUGCAAACCGUGCGGUGAUGGCACCUUCAAAGCAGGGGAAGCAGGCAUGUGUCAGCCGCACCGAGGGGUGUGUCAGCCUGGCACGCACGAGGUGACAUCGCCAACCACCAGCACGGACCGCAGCUGUGAAUCCUGUCUGGUUGAGAACAGCGAGUACCAGGACGAGCAAGACAAGAGCACGUGCAAAGUACUGACAACGUGUCGUCCCGGGUCGUACGUGAGCGUGAUGCCGCUGCCAGCGCAGAACCGCGAGUGCACGGCCUGUCCCGCUGGUUCCUAUUCCGACACCGAGAACGCAGCACAGUGCACACCAUGUGGCGAGGGCGAAUAUCAGGACGCGCGCUCGAGUGUCAAGUGCCAGCCCGCGCGCGUGUGCGGCGUUGGCGAGUUUGUGUCUGCUCCCGCCACUUCUUCAUCGGACACGCAAUGCGGUCGCUGCGACGGCACCACGGAGUUCCAAAACGAACCGGACCAAACCUCGUGCAAGCCCGUGCGCGUGUGCGGUUCGCUGGAGGAGCAAGUUGUGCCACCGACAGCUGUGAGCGACCGCGUGUGCCAGUGCAAGCUCGGCGUCGGUUACGUAGACAACGGCGCCACCGCGUGCACGCCCGUCUCCGUGUGCCAGUCUGGCCACGUGGAAUUUCUCCCCGCCACGCGCACUUCUGAUCGCGUGUGCGUGAUGCGGGGCAGUGCGGGCUCGCUCCAAGUGCAGUUUCGCGCCGACUUUUCCAUCCUGCAAAACGCGGAGGAAGAGGCGACGUUCCUUCAGCUGCUGUUCUCCGCAUUGCGCAACACCACCCUCAGCGCACGUGGCGGCGUGCCUGCAGGCAGUGACGACGUGUACUUCAAGGGCGUGCUGUCGGCAGGCAGCAUCCUGGCCGAUGUGGGCGUGUCCAACGGCAGCCUGGUGCCCAUGCUCCAAGGCGCUGUUGAGAGCGGUCAUGUGGCGUUCUGGUGGCGCGCAAAGCAGCAGCGCUUUGUUGCUGUGCUGGCGGGGCCCUGUCCACCAGGUUACAUCUCGCCCUCGGGCUCACGGCCAAACUGCACCGCGUGCCCCGCCAACACACACGCAAAUGAUGCGGCCACGGUGUGCACGCCGUGUCCUGAUGGCUGGACAUCACCCGAGGGCAGCGCUGACACAAACAACUGCCAGCCGCCUGUGACGGUGUCUCCCACGCCAACAACUACCCCGCAAGGUGGCACGCGCUCCCCAGAGAAGUCCAGCAACACUGCCGCUGGCAACACGGGUCUCAUUGUCGGCAUCGUCGUUGGAGCACUGGUGCUUGGUGCGUGUGUUGUUGUGGCAGCCCUCAUUCUCCGCCGUCGCCGUGCACAUGUCCUGCAACCUCCCCGCAAGUCCCGAGAUGGCCAGCAAAGCGCAUUCCACAACCCGCCGUAUGAGGAUCCAACGUCGCUGACGCGUGGUGGAGAUGCCGACACUGGCUACGACAACGUGCCUGGCUAUGGCGAGGGAGACGGUGGCUAUGACCAUGUUCCCGGCAUUGGGCCUGCGCUGUCCAACCCAACGUAUGACACGGCGCUGUUUGCCAGCGCCGAUCCGCCAUACGACACGCUUGACGCCGCCCUCGACGAGGACGACAACAUGCAGCACGUGCACGGGUACCUCGACGUUGUUGGGUUGCAAGACCAGUGCGCCUUGCAUUCACGACUGGAUCGCCGUUGA